UCACUAAAAGUAAAAAAAAAAAAAAAUGAAAGAAAAAGCAAAAUAGACAAAGAAUUUUGUUUAGAAACUGAUAACAAUGAUAAGAAUGAUUUAAAUUGUGUUCAGAUUCUUUUAUCGUUUAGAAAAUUCUAAUCGUCAGUUUAAAUCAGUAACUCUCUUGAAUGGUAAAUUAUUUUCCGUCAUGGACUUUGUUGUUGAUAAAGAAAAUAAUCGAAAAAAGAUUACAUUGUCAUGGGAAAAUGUGACGGUUAGCGUAAAUGAUCACAAACAAACUUUUCUACAAUCUGUUUGGUCUGAUAUUAGAAGAGGAUCGCGUAUUAGAAAAUUAGAAAUAUUAAAGAAAGUGUCCGGUUAUGCAGAAAGUAAUAACAUGAUUGCUAUAAUGGGACCAAGUGGCGCCGGAAAGACUACUUUGUUAAGUACGAUUGCAAAAAAAAUUCAACCGACUUGUGGUAGUAUCAAAAUUAAUGGAUUAGAUGUUUCCGAUAUUAUUAUGUCACAAAUUUCGAGUUACAUGGAUCAAUGUAAUGCGAUGUCUGUUGAUCUUACAUCUAGAGAACAUCUUUUGUUUAUGUGUGCACUAAAAAUGGAUAAAAACAAGAGUUAUCGUGAAAAAAGUGAUAGAGCUGACAAACUUUUAAAUGAAUUUGGAUUGCAUGAAUGUAAAAAUAAUUUAAUAACAAAGUUGUCAGCUGGCGAGAGGAAACGAUUAUUUUUAAUCUCGGAAUUAGUUGCUAGACCUAAAAUUAUUUUUUUAGAUGAGCCUACAACAGAUCUUGAUAGUCUCACAGCAAUGAACAUUGUAGAAAUGUUAAAAUUAAUAUCAAUUAAGGAUACUUUGGUCAUUUGCACUAUUCAUCAGCCAGGAAUGGCAAUGUAUAAUUUGUUUACACAUAUUGUUUUAUUGGCUGAUGGUAGAAAUGUUUUUUCUGGUAGUAUUGAAGACGUCAAGCCGUUUUUCGAAAGUCUAGGAUUCAGAUGUCCAGCUAGUAUAGAUCAAUCGGAAUAUCACAUAAGUAUUUUGUCUCAACAUGAUCCAAUGAAAUCGACCGAAGAACAAUCUUUAAAAAUAUCCGAAGCAUUUUUACAAUCGUCUUAUUACAAAUUACCUGCCAUUGAGAAAGAUUCUAAAGAAAAGAUACAAACGAACUUAUGCAACAAACCAGGACAAUUGAAACAACUUUUUUGGUUACUUUGGAGAAUUUAUAAAAAAAAGAAGAGGACAUUUUUUUCUGAUAAUUUAUCAUGGAUAUCUUUCUUGAUAUCUAUGAUCGCUGUAAGUCUAUUUUUUUAUGGUAAUAAUACUAAUACGCAGAAAGGAAUGCAAAAUGUUAGAGGAGCAUUAUACAUGAUGACGUCUGAAAUAAUAUUUACAGUUGCUUAUUCAGUAAUAUACGAAUUACCAUUAGAUAUAAUUAAUUAUCUUCGUGAAACUUCAAUCUAUGGUCCAGGUGUUUAUUACAUUGCUACUUUUAUUGGAUUGAUACCAAAAUCUAUAAUGAAAUCCUUUAUGUUUACAUUGUUAAUAGUUUUGACAUUGCAUAAUAAUAUUUAUUGGAACGAUAUUUUAUAUUAUUGUCUUUCAACGACAUUAGGUGCUAUUUGUGGUACUGCUUAUGGUAUGAUGAUGUCAAGUUGGACAAUGAAUAUUAAUUUAACGACAAUAAUUAUGGUACCAAUCGAUAUGAUUUUUCUUUUAACCGCCGGUAUAUUUUAUAAUCUGAGAAGUUUACCAACUUAUUUGAGAUAUAUAAAAUAUUUGUCAAUAUUUUAUUACAUCAACGAAUGUCUCUCAAUAAUUUAUUGGUCUCACGUUGAUAAAAUUGAUUGUGAACUAGGCGAAGGAUUACCAUGUUUAGAAAAUGGAACGGAAGUUUUAUAUGAGUAUGGUUAUAUUGGGUCGAACUUUAUCUUGGAUUUAUGUGGAAUGAUAAUGUUAACAAUCGUCAUGUCUAUCGUUGGAUACCUUGGAGUUAAAAGAACCAGGAGAUUAUUAUUUGACAAAAUGAAUCCAGCGUUACCGUUGCCAUCAUCAUCAGCACAUAUUGCACGAACGAAUCAAAAAUCUUGGACGGAUGAAGAGGAUAUGUUUUUAUUCAUCCUUAUAAAGAAUCGUUUCGAAAUAAUCAACCCUACAUCCAAUGCAGAAACGAAGGCACAGUUAUGGAUAGAAGUGGAAGAACGUUUAAAUAAAAAAUACAAAAAAAAGAGAGAAAUAAACUGCAUUAAGGAACGUUGGGAAAAGUUGAAGAGUUUGGCAAAACUCGAUGUUUAUACGUUCCUAUCGAAGAUCGAAAGAAAGUUACCACGUAACACGAACUAUCGUCCAUCGAAUUUCAAUCUGCAAAUUUGGAAAUUGUUAAAGCCCCAUAAGAUGAAGGAAGGGGAGUCCGAUGAUGCGAACGAGUAUAUCACAUACAUAUCCAGUUUCGAAUUUCCCGAUGACAUUAAUACAUUAUUGGACAAUUUAAUAAGAAUGAGCGAUAUCGUGUUCGAUCCAAAUUUUUUUAGUUCGUCUUCCUCCAAUAUAUCGGAAAGAAGUCGUAGCCUAAGUCCUCCAAGAACGAUGUCCCCUGUAGUCAAUACAUCGUAUAGAUCUAGAUCAGUCCAACCUGCGGUCAAUAGUUAUAUCACAUACGAAGAUUUGACAUUAUUAUCCGAUGAAGAAAACGAAACACGUAGAAUUUCGAGAAUGGAAACAAGAAGAUCAUUGUUAUCAGGUCUAAGAUCAUUGUCGAUUGAUCAAGUACCAGAAAGAAUAUUAUCAAUGAACACAUCAUGGGAGUCAAAUCUACGUAAUGUAUCAUCGUUUUAUCCCAGCGAUAGAUGGAUAAACUUAAUACAAUUUGAUCUAAAGAAAGAAGAUCCUACAGGAGCGACCGAUGAGUUCGAAAAAGAAAUGUAUCGACCAAAGACAUCGAGGACCGAACCAUCGAGGACUGCACCAUCGAGCAGCCAACAUCCGAGGGCCGAACCAUCGAGUAUCGAACCAUCGGGGGCCGGACCAUCGAGAACCGAAUCAUCAAGGACCGAACCAUCGAGGACGGAACCAUCGAGGACCGAACCAUCGAGAAUCGAACCAUCGAGAAUCGAACCAUCGAAUAUCGAACCAUCGAGGACCGAACCAUCGUGGGCUAAACCAAUAGGUAUCGAACUAUUUCCACAAGAUGAUGCAUCGGUUCACCUGAAAGAAUUUAAUAUAAGAACGUCUGACGAUAGUAACGAAGAAAGAUCAUCCCAGAGAGCAAGGUGUGCCGAAUUAAAAAUCGAACCAGAUCGAUCUACUGAUCAACUGUCUAGUUCCAACAUUACGUGGGCUGUAUUAAGAGAAUCUCAUAUAACAAUGGUUGAUAAUCCUAUUGAAGAAAGAGGGGCGCAAUCGCAACCUAGGAUCGAACCAACUGAUCAAUCUAAUAAUCAACUGUCUAGUUCCAACAUUACGUGGGUUGUAUUAAAAGAAUCUCAUAUGACAACGGUUGAUGAUCCUAAUGAAGAAAGAGGAGCACAAUCGCAACUGAGAACCGAACCAACUAAUCAAUCUAAUAGACAAUGGUUUUAUUCAAAUGAGAAAUGGAUACAUUUAAAAGAAUCCAAUGUAACAUCGAUGGAUGAUAAUAGCGAAAAACGAGCAUCAUCAAUAUUAUCAGAGAACGAACCAGUUCAUCGAUCUGAUGCACGAUUCCUUUCAACUAGCGAUAAAACGAAAGAAUCUGAUAUAAGAACGAGAGAUGAUAAUGAAACAAGACAAAUACAAAGAACACAGUGGAACGAAUCAAAUCAACAAUUUGAAGUACAAUCACUUUAUCCCAACGAAAGAUGGAUUAGAUUAAAAGAAACUGAUAAAUCAACGAGCGAUGAUAGUGGAGAAGAAAGAAGAAUCCGCGCCAUACAGAGGAACGAAUUAUUAUUUCAAUCUGAUGUAGCAGUGUUCCAUUCUCCCAGUAAACGGAUUAAAUUAAAAGAAGUAGAAGAACAAGAUUCAUCAAUAUUGAAGGAUAAUGUAAGAGAAAGAAGAACAUCACAAGAAAUGAAAAUUCAUCCAGCCCUGCUUAGUGGUGUAAAACCAUUUAAACCCAUCAAUAACUGGAUUGAAUUAAGUGAAACCGAUGUAAGGACAGAUUCUUCAGAAUCGAGCGAAUAUAUCAGAGAAGUAAGAGAAACAUUCAGAAUCGACCCAUCCUCGUAUACUGAUGCACAAUCCACCGAUAAAUGGUUUAAAUAUAAAGAAUCUAAUGUAAAAACGAGCGACGAUAGUUCCGAAGAGAAAACAACAUCCACAACAUCAAGGACAGAAUCAAUUUUUUACUCUGAUGAUUCAUGCGUUUCCGAAGCAUGGGUUACAAUAAGAGCACCCGAUGGAUCGAUAGAAGCAAUUCCUAUGAAUUCGGCCCAUAUUGUAACUGAAAAAGUUCAAAGAGUACCAAAGAACAAUUUAUCUACUCGAACUAGUGUACAACCGCAUUACCCCGAAUCAUGGCUUAGGAUAAAAGAAUUUCUUAUAAAGGAAAAAAAAGAAUCAAGGAGGUCUUUAUCAAGCCCACCUCAUGUACAAUCGUAUCACCCGGUACCACAGCCUAGAACAAGAAAGUCUAUUAUAAAGGAACCAGAUGUAUUUAUGAAACCGGCCGGUAGUGAUAUUAGACCAACACCAAGGGCUUUACCAAGGUUACCUCGUGAUAUUCCUGCGAGAACAAUCGAUAGUGAUGUAGAAGUAAGACCAGGACCUUCAUCAGCAAGAAAAUUUGUGAGCCCACCUCGUGUACAACCGUACUAUCCGGAUUCGUGGAUUAGAAUAAGAGAAUCUCCUGCUAGGAAUAGAGGAACUAGAAGGACCGAUAGUGAAGUCGAAGUAAAACCACCACGAAGGCGCUUACCAAACAUACCUGAUGUACAACCAUAUUAUCCGGAAUUGUCGACUAGAAUGAUGGAACCUUCUAUAAGAGAAAGAAAUAUAAGAUCGUCCAUGAAUGAAUCCGAAAUAAGAUCGUCGAGGAACUUAUCAACUGAACAUCGUGUACUUUUCUCGGAUAAACAAAUUAGAAUAAGAGAACCUGAUAUAAGGGAAAGAUCACCUAUGAGACAAACUAGUAGUUUUACUGACUCAAGAUCAUCGACGAGGGCCGAAGCAGGCCGACAUGAUGUACGUUUUAAUAGAAGAAGGGAGGCCGAUAUAAGAGAAGAUGAUCAUUUUGUUAGAACAGAUUAUCAUUCGCAACAAUUCACGGAAGAAAUUUUCGCCGAGGAAGAACAUUUAAGAAGAUUAAAUGUAUUGAGAGCCCAGGAGAGCGAUGUAUUUUUAUUAGAAAACGAACUUCUAGAAAAUCAAAUCUAUAUUCAACGAAUGGAAAGCAAUCUCGAAACGAUACAAAUGCGAAAACGAGUUGCUUUGAGCGAAUAUAAAAUGGCGGAACUGAAGGAGAUGAUGGUCGAGAUGAAUAUAAACGAUUACAAAAGUCAAGCGAGAAUGAGUGGCGAGCCUGGUUCUGGUGCAAACAGAGGCACUGGCGGUGCUGGUUCUAUCCGAGCAGCUGGAGGGGCUUUUGGACAAAUGGAAAUUGCUCAUGAAGAACAAUUCUUUUAUAAUCAGCAAAGGGAACAGAUAAGAAAGUUGAGAGAAGGUAUUCGCGACGAAAUUGCUUUUCAUGAGGAACAAAUCCGCCGUCAUCAAGAAGCUAUUGAACGUCAUAAUGCAAGAAUGUCUGAAAUACAUAAUCCUCCUGAAGAACAAUAAAUAUAUUGCCGUCUAUAUUUACAAGCUUCUUUAUAAAGGGACGCAGCUAAUAUUACAUCAUGUAUAGAUUUAUGUAUAUAAAUAUAUACUUAUAUUUUUAUACAUAAUGUAAAUAAUUAUGUAUAAAAUAUAAGUAUGUAUUUAUAUACAUAAUGUGUAUAAUUAUAUAUAUAUAUAAAUAUAUAUAUAUAAGUAUAUAUUUAUAAAUGAUGUUAAGAUUUAGUAUGAUCACUAGAAUAUCAAGAAUUUUCUUCUUUUUUCUAUACCAGAUUCAAUAGUUUUUAUUAAUUAUUUUUAAUGAACUUGGCUUUAUCGAUAAUUAUUGAAUAUUAAGAGAAAUGAUCUUGGCAGUAUGUUAUCAAUAGUUAACAGAUUUAUCUGAAAAAAUUGCUAUAUUCAAUAGAUUUGUAUAUAUUUUCAAAUAAUAUGCUAAUAUAUUCAAUUUUCAAACAAUAAUCUAACAAAUAAUGUAACAGACACAGUAAUUAUUUGAAAUAAAAGCCAUUAUAACGCAGAA